AUGUUCCAGGGAGAGGGAAAGGUCUCGUUGCAAGGGAGAGGGAAAGGUCUCGUUGCAAGGGAGAAGAUCUCUAAGGGUACGCGAAUUCUCUCUGAAGAGGCUAUCAUUACGGCCAGUGAAUCGGUCGACAGCGAGCGGCUUCGAACAUCCAUCUGCAAGCAAGUUGAAGCCCUUAGCGAAAACCAGCGGCGAGACUUCCUAUCCAUGCACAAUAUCCACCCAUACAGUAAUGCUGCUGAGCAGUAUCACGGGAUUUUUCGAACAAACUCCCUACCUGCCGAAGACGUUGGAGAUCAAGGGGCGAUCUUCCUAGAAGCAUGUCGCAUUAACCACGCUUGCGAUAAUAAUGCACAGAAGAACUGGAAUGAAAAUAUCAAACGACACACCGUGCAUGCUCUAAGAGACAUCAACAAAGGCGAAGAGAUCACGAUAACCUACUUAGGCCCUCUCAAGAACCGUAAAGCCCGGCAGGAGGCUCUUCAGGAAAAGUUUGACUUUACAUGUUCGUGCCAUCUCUGCUGCUUGCCGCCAGAGCAGAGCCAGGAGAGCGAUAGGAGAUUAAAGGAGAUCCACCACUUAGACGGUGUCAUCGACCAGCUCGGCACAGAUGGAGUUUUGGUAUCCCCACUCCGGACCCUCCGCUACUUUGAUCAACAGGUACAUCUCUAUGAGAAGCAAGGACGAGAGGAUAUUGGUCUUGCGCAGGCCUUUGUCAAUGCUGCGCAGCUCGUUAUCGCCAAUAGCGACUUGGCAAGGGGACGCGUCUUCGCGGAGAAGGCGACGUCUGUUUGGAAGAUAAUCCUUGGCGGUGACAGCACGCAAGCUAUCAAGCACAGAGCUCUAGCACAGGAUCCCUCUAAGUACGAGCUAUUCGGAAUCUCAACGAAGUGGAAGACGAAAGUAAGUCAAAUCCCACAAGGACUCGAACCGAGCGACUUCGAAGACUGGCUUUGGAGGAGGGAGCAGCCAAAAGCCCUAGGACAGCUAGCGAAUCUGCGGAGCCGUGCGACAUUCCCCAGCUUCACUGAGCUCCCAGACGAGAACGGCGUCGACCCGGAGUUUUAUGAGAAAAGCAAUAUAGGUACAUACCGACCGCGACGCCAUUGGUGCUUCUUUGGUGAGAUUGUGGAUUUCGCUUCGCUACUUCGUCUACAGAUGGAGAUCAAGGAUGUUGACGGUACGAUAAUUCCGCUAUACUUCUAUACCGAUAGCCGAGGCAGUGAAUUAGUACCAGGACAGGUUCAAAAGGGGUACACGGUCGCCAUUCUCUACGCAGAGCGCCACGCAUUUAUGUUCUGUGAGCCCGGUAUCCGCCAUGAGGAUCCCCAGACGAUCAAGAUCUUUCCACUGUCUCUGGAUAAGCUGCUGGCGUUGAACGACCAGGUCCAGCAGUCCUCUAUAGAGAUUAAUGGUAUGAGAAUAUGUCACGGGUGCGGAAAGAAGGCAGCCUCUCUGCAACGGUGCAGCAAGUGCUCGUCUUUCUGGUAUUGCAAUAGGACCUGCCAAGUAGCUGGCUGGAACGAGAAAGGUCACAAGGCUGAUUGUAAGCUACUUAAAGAUCCUGAUUUGCGAGGAUUGUUUGUUCUUAAAUGGGACGAGUUUGAAAACCAUAUUCGAUUUCCUCUCCAAGUUGCGAAGGGGUCCUAA